AUGCCUCGACCACUCACUUCUGAGAACCAGAAAAUGGAACAAGCAAGCAGUCCAGGUAUCGUUCAGUACAAUGAUCCUGACCCCGAUCCUGAACCUGAGCCGCCUGCUGCCCCACCUGUUAUUAUCUUAGCCAAGUUCCAUUCUAAAAGCGGAAAGGCCAAAAAAGCGGUAGACCAGGAACAGGAUGAUGGUCCAUGCGCAGCUACGUCACCGCCAUCGUCUGAAGACACAAAACGCAAACCAAAGCCAAACGGCAAGAAAUAUAACUUGAGGAAAAAGAGUAACCAGGAGUUAGAUCCAGACUCCGAGCCCGAUCCGAACCCUUUCCCUGAAGCACCACCUAUCAUAAUACUCUCGAAAAAACGUCGUGCAUCUAAAUCCCCCUCUAUCGACACUGCGGACCCCGCUACCGCAUCCCCACGUCCUGAAACCCCGCCGUCCUCUCCACAUCCGUCCAAGAAGAUGGGUUCCAAAGUCUCUAAGCUUCCCAAACAAGGCCAUGGCAAGCUCCAACCAUCACAGAACAAAUCCGAUAAAGCAGAAAUGAAAGAACCUUCGAACUACUACACCCACCGUAGCAAGUCCAUGCGCCGCAAGGCUGGUGUCGCCCCUGGAGCUCAGGGCAGCGGUGGUGGACUCGGUGGCAGUGAUGGCAGUGGUGGUAGCGGUGGCGGACUUUCCUAGUGGAAUCGACUCGACUGCUAUUUCGAGUCAAGACUGAAGAGUUUAUAAUCGACAAUGCAUCGUAGGAGUUACUUAUCUGCUUUGGGAAUCUUGAGGAGUUUGGCAUGGUUUAUUCUGGUUGUGUUGUUUGGCAAGCAUAUCGCAGGGCGCCCUGGUGGUGGUCUUAUUUCAUAUUGUUCUCUCUUGGCUUAGACAGCAUUUUUAGUCCCACGCAAUAUACUUUGGACUUUAUC